AUGAAGGAGAAAUCCAAAACGGCCGCAAGGACUAGACGGGAAAAGGAGAACAGUGAAUUUUACGAGCUGGCCAAAAUGUUGCCUCUACCGUCCGCCAUCACCUCCCAGCUGGACAAGGCCUCCAUCAUCAGACUCACCACCAGUUACCUGAAGAUGAGGAUAGUUUUCCCUCAGGGUCUGGGGGAGGCCUGGGGUCACACCAGUCGAACAAGAUCUCACGACAACAUAGGUCGAGAGCUGGGCUCUCAUUUGCUGCAGACGUUAGACGGAUUCAUCUUCGUUGUGGCCCCGGAUGGAAAGAUCAUGUACAUCUCGGAGACGGCGUCGGUGCAUCUAGGACUGUCUCAGGUAGAGUUGACUGGGAACAGUAUUUAUGAAUACGUCCAUCCUGCCGACCACGAUGAGAUGACCGCUGUGCUCACUCCUCACCAGCCCUACUCUCCCCUCGCCCACGAAUAUGAAAUGGAGCGAUCUUUCUUUCUGCGGAUGAAAUGUGUUCUGGCAAAGAGAAACGCAGGCCUCACCAGCGGUGGAUACAAGGUGAUCCACUGCAGCGGCUACCUGAAGAUCCGUCAGUACAGUCUGGACAUGUCACCUUUCGAGAGCUGCUACCAGAACGUGGGUCUGGUUGCUGUGGGCCACUCUCUGCCGCCCAGCGCCGUGACGGAGAUCAAACUGCACAGCAACAUGUUCAUGUUCAGAGCCAGUCUGGACAUGAAGCUCAUCUUCCUCGACUCCAGGGUUGCCGAGCUGACGGGUUAUGAGCCCCAGGACCUAAUAGAGAAAACUCUGUACCAUCAUGUCCACAGCUGUGACACCUUCCACCUCCGCUGUGCUCACCACCUCUUGCUGGUAAAAGGCCAAGUCACCACUAAGUAUUAUCGUUUCCUGGCCAAGCACGGUGGCUGGGUCUGGGUCCAGAGUUACGCCACAAUCGUCCACAACAGCCGAUCCUCAAGGCCUCACUGCAUCGUCAGUGUCAACUACGUCCUCACGGACACUGAGUACAAGGGUAUGCAGCUGUCCUUGGACCAAAUGAGCCCGACCAAGCCAGCCUUCCCCUACGCCAACAGUCACACAGAAGACAGGAAGAGCACCAAGUCACGUCUGCCCCCGGCGAAGGCCAAGGCCAGAGUGUCCCCCUACCCACAGUUUUCCGCUUUCAAUCCAGAGCGCUCGGAGUCAGACCAAGACAGCCAAUGGGGAGGAAGCCCUCUGACUGACUCCGCCUCUCCUCAGCUGUUGGAUCCCGGUGAGGCGACCGAGACGUCUUGUGCCUACCGACUGUAUCCAGACUCUGGCUCCUUGUGCUAUGGCCUUGGUUUAUCUGAAGAAGAUCUCGCCCAUGCCCAAGCACAUCCGCACACCACCACAUGUGACCGCGUGCGAUGCCAGAGCAGCCGAUACUUCCUAGGAACCCCCCAGUCGGGAAGAGAGGUUUGGUGGGAUGCCACACGCUCCGUUCUCUCGCUGCCCAAACCCUCGGUGGAGAACAACGAAGCCUACGAAAUCACAUCGUACCAUGGAGCCAUUCAUGGUCGGGGUCACUGGGAUGAAGACAGUGUUGUGAGCUCACCUGAUGGAGGCGGGUCCACCAGCGAUUCAGGUGAGCGUUACCACGGUGACCACUUUCGGGCAAGCCCCCGAGAGCCGAGCAAGAUGGAGACCCUGAUUCGUGCCACGCAGCAGAUGAUCAAAGAGGAAGAGAGCCGUCUGCACCAACACAAGGCGCCGCUGGACGUCUCGGGGCUCGCCAAAGCUCACAGCCCAUGCUUCAACUCCUCAUUACCCCACCACUCCCAGCUCAACAUGCCCAGUGUGGUGUGCCGAGGCCCCGGAGCGCCCAGCAUCGACCUCCCCUCUGAGCGCCUACAUCACCGGGACGUCAUCAAAGUGCUUGGCCCCCAUGACAAUGACGAAAACACGACCAGUCCCGCUUCUUUAUCUCGUCUCAGCAGCCCCAGCUCUGAUGGGAUGCCCCGGUCGGGCCUUUCCCUCACCAAAGACUACAUGGCGACUGAUCUGUCCCCCCACCAUUCACAGCCCCAGGGGAGCCCGCUGAUCUAUCCGACCCAGGAGAGGCAGCCGUUGGACAGACAAGCAGCCUACGCUUUGACUGGGUACUCCCUGGAGCACCUGUAUGACCCGGAGAACCUGCGGAGUUACUCGGGACUGGCCUGUGGAGGAGUCCAGUAUGACGUGGCCUCUCACGUGAGGAUGCAGGCAGAGCAGAUGCAGGGACACAAAGCCACCUCAGUUAUCAUAACCAACGGGAGCUGA